AGAGAGAGCACUGCUACCUGUCCUGUGCACGACACAACUCGCAGCAAUGCGCGCGGAUCGGCGCCGAUUCUUCUCUCCGCUUUGCAGAGCGCACAGAUAGAGAGAGAAAGAGAAAGAGAAAGAGAGAGAGAGAGAGAGAGAGAGGAGAAGCGAGCAUGGACUUCCUUCAUCAUCUCCUCCUCUUCCUCAUCUUCUUCUUCUUCACCUGCGGAGUUUGCUCACCUGCGCGCGUGCUGUGGCUCGGGAGCGUUCUGAAGACUCUGCAGCUAUGCCUGUCCAUGUCAUCAGUCUCAGCGUCCUCCACCAGUGGCCUCAAUCACGAUUACAUGUUCACCACGCCGGUGGAGGUCGACGCUCACGGAAGCUACGUCACUCACAACUUGUCGAGGUCGAGGCACCGAAGCCGAAGGUCGCUAGAAGAAGGUGAAGGUCAUGUUCACUUCCGUGUCUCUGCUUUUGGGAAGGAGUUACACUUAGCGCUGCGGCCCGCCGGCGUCAUCGCCGAGGAGUUUACGGUACAGACGCUGAGCGAGGGCGGAGUCAGGGUCACACACAUCGACCCCGACGUACGGAACUGUCUCUAUCAGGGCAGCGUGAGGAACCACACCGGUUCUACUGCAGCUGUUUCCACCUGCACGGGACUGUCAGGUCUGAUCCGGAUGUCGAGUGAGGAGUUCUUCAUCACUCCUCUGCCCAAACAUUUGGCAUUGGAGCACAACUACAGCGCCCCCGCUGGACACCAUCCACACGUCAUUUACAAACGCUCAGCAGAACGGCGCAUCCACGGGGACAGAACAGAUAGAUCAGACAAGCAUCGCCAUCACCACCACCAUCACCACCAGCAUCAUCAGCAUGAUUACCAGCACGGGAGGUUUCAGAGGCAACACUUCUGUGGGCGCCGCAAGCAAUACACUCCUAAGCCCCCUGCAGAGGAUCACUUCGUAAUGCCUGAUGAGUUUGAGAGUGCAGGCCGGAUAAAGCGAUCACCGAUCUCGUCUAAUAAAGUGGGAGCUCUGAAUGUGGAAACUCUGGUGGUGGCCGACAGGAAGAUGGUGGAGAAACACGGGCAGGAAAACGUCACCACCUACAUCCUCACCAUCAUGAACAUGGUCUCCAGCCUGUUUAAAGACGGCACCAUCGGGACAGAUAUCAACGUCGUGGUGGUCAGCCUUCUCCUGCUCGAGCAAGAGCCACUGGGUCUCUCCAUCUCUCACCACGCAGAUCAGACGCUGAACAGUUUCUGCCAGUGGCAGUCGGGGCUGAUGGGUAAAAACGGCAAGAGACACGAUCACGCUGUUCUCCUCACAGGCCUUGAUAUCUGCUCAUGGAAGAAUGAACCAUGUGACACGCUGGGUUUCGCCCCCAUCAGUGGGAUGUGCAGUAAAUAUCGCAGUUGCACCAUAAACGAAGACACCGGACUGGGCCUUGCCUUCACCAUCGCACAUGAGUCAGGGCACAAUUUCGGGAUGAUCCAUGAUGGAGAGGGAAAUCCCUGCAGGAAGGCGGAGGGGAACAUCAUGUCUCCGACUCUGGCGGGGAAUAACGGUGUGUUCUCCUGGUCGUCCUGCAGUCGCCAGUACCUCAACCGCUUCCUGGGCACAGCUCAGGCCUCGUGUUUGGUGGACGAACCGAAGCUGAUUGGUCAGUAUAAAUACCCGGAGCAGCUCCCGGGGCAGAUCUACGACGCAGACACACAGUGCAAGUGGCAAUUCGGCUCCAAGGCCAAGACCUGCAGACUCGACUUCGUCAAGGACAUCUGUAAGUCGUUAUGGUGCCAUCGGGCAGGGCAUCGGUGUGAGACCAAGUUCAUGCCUGCUGCUGAGGGGACGACAUGCGGACCGGAUAUGUGGUGUCGUAAGGGGCAGUGUGUGAAGUUUGGGGAUCACGGGCCGAAGGCGGUUCAUGGUCAGUGGUCAGGUUGGUCUGAUUGGUCGGAUUGUUCCAGAAGCUGCGGGGGCGGAGUUAUGUAUCGGGAACGCUCUUGCAACAGUCCCAGGCCGCAGCACAGCGGGAGAUUCUGCCAGGGUUCGAGUCGACUGUACCAGCUGUGUAGCACCGGGCCGUGUCAGCGAGACGCCGUGGAUUUCCGGGCGCAGCAGUGUGCCGAGUACAACAGCAAACCGUUCCGAGGCUGGUUCUAUAAAUGGAAACCGUACACCAAAGUGGACGAUGAAGAUAUCUGUAAGCUCUACUGCAUCGCAGAGGACUUCGAUUUCUUCUUCGCCAUGUCCAGCAAGGUGAAGGACGGCACGUCGUGCUCCGAUCUCACGCCGGACGUGUGUAUCGACGGGAUCUGUGAGUCGGUGGGAUGUGAUCAGGUUUUGGGCUCCAGCGCUGCUCUGGAUGUCUGCGGCGUGUGUAAAGGAGACAAUUCCACCUGCAAACUCUACAGCGGCCGGUACAACUUACAGCACCGAGCCAACGAGUACUACCCGGUGGUGACGGUUCCUGCUGGAGCUCGGAGUAUCCGUAUUCAGGAGCUGGAGAUCUCCAGCAGUUAUCUGGCGGUUCGAGGCCAGAAACAUGGCUCUUAUUUCCUGACUUCUGACUGGACGGUGGACUGGCCAGGGAAAUUCAACUUUGCCGGAACCACAUUCUUGUACCGGCGCUCGAGUAAUCAGCCCGAGAGCCUGUACGCCCCGGGACCGACCAAUCAAACGCUGGUCUUUGAGAUCCUCGUCCAGGGUAAAAACCCAGGAGUGCUGUGGGAAUACACACUUCCUCUACAAGAGAAAAAACACACCUACACGUGGAGAGUGAUCCGAUCGGACUGCUCCGCCUCAUGUGCAGGAGGUCGCGUGUCGGUGAAGGCCGUGUGUGUGCAGGAUGAACAGGUUCAGGUGAACUCCUCACUGUGUGACUCUCACAGCAGACCUGCGCUGGCGUCUCAGCUCUGUAACACACAGCCGUGUCCGGCCAGCUGGUCGGUGGGUAAAUGGAGUGCAUGCAGUGUGUCGUGUGGAGAAGGCCAGCAAAGUCGCACCGUCCGCUGUCUCAGGAAGGUGAUGUACCAAAAGGAAGAGUUAGCCCCGCCCUCGAUGUGCCCUUCACCUGCCCCGGCUCACACACAGCCCUGCAACACACACUCCUGCCCUCCAGAGUGGGGUACUGGCUCCUGGUCACAGUGCUCGAAGACAUGUGGACGUGGUGUGAGGACACGGAGUGUGUUCUGCCACAGAGUUAAUCACGUCUCUGGUGCGUUGGCUCUCCGAGACAGCUUGUGCGAGCUCCAGCUGAAGCCCAAAGCUCAGGAGAGCUGCGUGAUGAGCCGCUGCCCUAAAAACGAGCGACUGCAGUGGAUCACCACCGCCUGGGGAGAGUGCUCCGUUUCCUGCGGAGGAGGUGUGAGGAAUCGAGAGCUGCGCUGUGCAGAGAGAGACUCUAAUGGAGGUUUUACAGAAUUCCCCAUCAGGAGGUGUAGAAAUCUCCGGAAACCCCACACCGACCUCCAGCAGGCCUGUAAUAAAGCACAGUGUCCUGCCCUGCAGCCUCAUGUCCCUCCGCCCGGCCUGGGGAGAGAGAGCGGUGCCAUGGCACUCGGCUGGUACUCAUCACCAUGGCAACAGUGUACAGUGACGUGUGGAGGUGGCGUCCAGACGCGCAGUGUUCAGUGUCUCCGACAUGGCCGACCCUCCUCCGGGUGUUUAACACACCACAGACCCAUCAGCUCCAGAGCCUGUAACACACACUUCUGCCCUCCACCAGGACUGGCUCCAGGACCUGCUAUUAAAGGAGAGCAGUCGUGUGUUGAUUACUUCACCUGGUGUCGCCUGGUUCCCCAACACGGCGUGUGUAACCACCGCUUCUACAGCGAGCAGUGCUGCAGGUCGUGCUCAAUCAAGAAGCUAUAGAGCCCAAGGACUUUCCCAUGAGCACCCUCUCUGACUCAAACGACCCUACGGAUACCCACAGGGCCCAAACUGGAUUUGGGGGAGGAAAAUAAAACAUUUAAAGAAAUGGACAAAAGAAAGCGAGAGGCAUGGAGGCCUGGUUCUUCCUGAAGUACUUGACGGGCAAAACACUUUGGAGGAAAAAAAAACAACUCUGUGUUUUUGCUAAAACUGUGGUGAAGUUUUAAAGGGACCGAAAUUGGGUUUAGAACUGGACACUCACUGCAGGACGUUACUCCUGUAAAUGGACAUUCCUGUAUUAUUAUUUUUUUAUUGUGAUCAUCAGAGUCGAAGCAAAUGUUGCGUUCAGUUAUAUUUUAUAUUGUUUAAAUUACUCACUUCCGGAGAUGUUUAUUUUUACACAAGGAUGCACCGAGCUGAUACCGACUGCGUUUCACAUUUUUGUUCGAUCUGGUCCGUAAUUGUUUUGUAAAGCUCUAUUUAAUUGCGCUUAUAUAAAAAAUAUCAAAUUUGACUAAAAGUUCAGAAAAAUACAGGACGGAGCUUCGAUUAAAUCAUAAACUAUCCUUUCUUUUCAUUCCUUCAUCUUGAUGUGCUGCCUAGCAUUUAAUACCGGUUUUAAUCGCGUGCACAACGUUAUAGUUUAGCAAUGUUAGCUAAACAACCUAAAUGCUAACAUUAGUAACGAGUUAAUUUCGCUAAUUUUAUUCAGGGGAACAAUUUAUUUCACUUGAAAGUCAUCUGUUUUGCUAGAGAACUUCCAGACACAGCUAGACAGGUAAUAACAUUGUUAGAUAAUAAAAUACACAGUAUAAAAAGUUAGCCAAGCUAACCAGGUACCUAAACAUUUAUCUGCCUGACCAGUUAGCUGACAUUAAUGUUACUUGUCCAGAAUCUGUAAAGUAAACUAAUAAAGCAGCUGUAAAGCAGCUAUUUUUACUAGCAAGCUAGCUAGCUUUCAGUAAACAACUUAAUUGAAUAGUUAAAAUCAGUAGAUGUGUUUGCUAGGAAACUAUGUAACAGUAGGCCAAGUUUUAUAUUGUGUAAUUAUAAAGGCCAUGAUCACUAGCAUGUUAGCUAACAUGAGGUAAACUGUUUUUUUGAAACAAGGUCAGAAGAAAGCCAGGAAACAUUAAGUAAGAUAUUGUGGUGAUGUGAUAUGACUGAUUUUACAUUCGCAAAAUUAGCUAUGAGAGAAAAACAGCAAAAAGGAGUUGCCACGCACACACACACACACACACACACACACACACACACACACGUGUACACACACAGACUGACUUUGUACAUUAUUAAAGUGGAAGAAGGUCAGGAUCAGCUUUGUAUCGGGUUACAUCUGAAUCUCGAAGUUCUGAUUAGCGAGCCUAAAGCCAUCCUGAGUCUAAUCCUACGUUCACACUUGCUAAGUGACAAAUCCCUUGUGCCGCUUGUAGCUACUGCUGCUGUCGUCACUCGUGUGCAUGGCCUUUUUCAGUUCUGAUCAGAAACAGUAGUAGCUAUAUAUAGCUUCUAAAGCUAACUUAGUAAAAUUAAAAUGAUUUACAUGUUACUUGCUCUAGCGUCGUUCUUGGAAAAGAUUAGCAAAGCAAAGCUAACUCUACUAGCUACAUAGACUCCCCAGAGACAUCAACGAUCUCUGCUUCUCCCUUUCAAGCUUUAUUUUUCUUCGUUUUGUCUCUAUACACAUUUAAUGAAGUGGUAUAUGACAGGAUAAGAUGAAACGAUGGUUAUAAGUUCUUCAUCCAUUUUUGUUCAUCAAACAGUAAACGGGAAUUAAUUACAGGUAGGAACUAAAGUUCUGAGCAGAGAACUGAAGAAAUGUCGGACCACAUGCACCAUAGGCUUGGUCUGAGCAAUUAUUCGAGGCAAAUAUCACUGGGAUUUGUCACUUUACAGCAUCAUACAGAAUUUGCAUGGAAUUGAAUCUCAGUUUAAAACCCUUGAGCAGUGGCUUUGUCGCUCACUAGCGUGAACGCAGAGUUACAGCUUUACGAUCAGUUCCUUUCUAAAUGUUAUAGUUUAAGGAUUCCUGAUGGUCGCUCUUUUAAAUUAUUUUGGAUAUCGUGUAACUGUGCACAUCCACCUAAAUCUUCCACCAAAUCUGACAUAUUCACAGUAUCCCCCAUCAGCCAUGUUGGAAUUACAGCAAUUACAGGAGUUUAUCAUUUUUCCUAGACGUUAAAGAGCAGUCAGAAAAGUAAACAAAAGUUAGUCUUAAACACACCAGAUUGUCUCAAUGGGAAAAAUACAGAUGCAGUUAUGACCAUUCAUUAUUUCAGAAAUCUAAAUGAUGAAGUAAGAAGAGUCACCAAAAUAAUUACAAUUCGAAAUGUGAAUUUUAGAAGAUUAUGGAUGCUAAUGAAAUGGUUUUGAGUGUUAACUCUAUCACCUCUGGGACGUGCUGUAUGUCAGAAAACGCUAUCAUCAGCUUCAGAUUAUUUUCAACUCAAUCCAGCUGGUUUAUUUUUCACCGGUUUUGUGUUUUGGUGCUGUUUUCCGUUAGAACGUACUGUAUUAUAUAUAUUUAUAUAUAUUUGUGUAUAUAUUCACAUUCACAUCUUGAUCAGUGGUGCAAUCUCAACUCCUUCAUCAUAAAGUGCACAGUCUUUAAACGUUGUGUCUCAUGAGUGUUUUUCCCUCCAAUUUUCCCAAAAUCACAAUCAAGGAAAAUAUUCCUCACCUUACAAACAAAUGCCCCAAUGGUC